UCGAGCAGGUCUUGCCCGUGCGCUUAGUGUUUUUAUUGUCGUUUGUGCCAUAUGUACGAAUUUCAUAAGACUCGGUGUAGUGAGGAUAGUUUUUUGAGGUGACGUUCGGAUGUAAGAUGGCUGUGAAAAUGGAGAUGACCGAGUUAUACGAGAUAAAUGACGACCCCAAAAGGAAAGAAUUCUUAGAUGACCUGUUUUCCUUCAUGCAAAAACGUGGGUCUCCAAUUAAUCGGCUCCCCAUAAUGGCCAAGUCGGUACUUGAUCUCUAUGAACUAUACAACCUUGUGAUAGCUAGAGGGGGGUUGGUAGAUGUGAUAAACAAGAAACUUUGGCAAGAAAUAAUUAAAGGACUCCACUUACCGUCAUCGAUCACUUCAGCGGCAUUUACACUUAGGACACAAUACAUGAAGUACUUGUACCCUUACGAGUGCGACAGGAAGCGGCUGAGCACUCCCGCUGAACUCCAAGCCGCCAUCGACGGCAAUAGACGGGAAGGCCGCCGAACCACUUACGGGCAGUACGAGAACGUGCAGCGGUCUCCGAAUCACACGUUGCACAUGAAUCCGAUGACCUUGGUGACCCAGCAACAUCAGCAGCAGUUGGCCGCGCGGAUGUUGGGAGGCGGCAUGAACAUCACCAACGGUCACCCUCCUAGUCACCAGCAACCGUUGGGGCAGCAUCUCAACGGGGGGCCCAUACCAGAUUUUUUUCUAGGCCUGGCACCCAGCGACGUAGAGUCCCGCGUGAAGGAAUACAUGAAACUCUUCCAGCAGAAGGACGUGGCGCCCGCGAUUCCCACCAUGCCUAGCAGGCCGGGAGACGUUUCGCCCCCCAACAACACCUCCGUCCUCAAUAAUCUCGAGAUGACGAGGAUUACACUCUGGAACUUGUACAACAACAACCACCACCACAACAACCACCACCACAACAAUCCGGUAGAGCCGCAGAAAGAGCCGAUUAACCUUUCGGAAUCCUCCUCGCAAUCCUCAACCGUCAAGAGGGAGCCGGAUCACAGGGAAUCGCCCCCGCCCCCCAAGAGGUUGCUGAAGGAAGAGGAGGAAGCCGAGCUACCACUCACACCUAAGAGCUCUCCGACCUCUACACAUAUCAAAAUCAAUUCCAGAGGUGAUUCUCGGAACGGAGACAAUUCCUUAGUCGUCAGUAUGGAAAUCAACGGCGUCACGUACCAGGGCGUGUUGUUCGCGCAGAACACCAACUCUUCGGGGACGCGAACGGCGCUCGCGUCGUAAAAAUCUCCCCCACUAGAGGGCGUUUCCUUCUACGAGAGUUCGAUCGUUUAAUUAAGAGUUUUAUAUACAUAUACAUGCUGUGCACGACGCGUCGGAUAGACUUCUUUUUAUUUAUUUAUUCCACAAUUUUAUGUCGAGGGGUUUUAAGCGCGUGAAGCGCCUCUCUCAUCCCCAACCAGAAAUUGGAUAUGCACAAAUGUGCUAUUUAGAGGAAGUAUGCGAUUCAGCGGGUGUACCAGAAAAACUGUGAAAUCUGAAAAUGGUCGCGUAUCAUUAGAUAAACUGAGUGGAGUAUUUCAGGUUUGUUUUGAAAGGGAUAUAUUUUUAGGAGUGAUUAAUUUUUGGGAAAGAAAGUUUUUGGCUUUCUACUACUCCA